CCUGGGGCAGCGUGUCCCGUGCUGGAAUCGAUGUUGAAACCACUCCUCCCCACCGCCCGCUUCCGGAUGAGGCCACGACGCCGGGAAGGAAGAGGAGGGCGGGAGGCGAGGAAGGCAGCAAGACCCCUCACCUGCUCACUCCCUUGACCCCGUAACAGGUCCUCAAUUCCCAAGCAGUGCCCACCAAGGCUGGCAUUCCCCACGAAGACAAGCUUGUUUGUGGAGCAGGGCACGUCAGUAACAGAGAGCAAGCAGAUGGACAGGAGGAUGGAGCAGAGCGGCACAAAUGGGCCUGGCCCCACACUGCACACCUCGUGCUGCUGUGGCGGCCUCUCCCCAUGUCCCCAAGAACCCUUCUGGGCUGAAGCAUCUCAGAGCUGCCAGGACAAUCCGUCAGAAGACCUGAGUGAUGGUGUUGCACCUUUUCUGUCCGACAGCAGAACCCGCUGUCCCACCAGGAGUUCCACACUCAGCCAGGUGAGGUCACAUCAAAAAAGACAGCACAGAAGCAGACUGCAAAGAAAAUCAGCCUCUGGAAGAAGCUUGCCACAGGAGAGACAAGAAGGAACUUCGAGCCCAGCCGCCAACUCAGAGCUCCUCGGGAACUCACUCUCCACUUCCAGCAUGAAGGACCUCCCCAGAUCCCUGAUGGAGUCCUUGGACACCACACAAAUCUGCCUCAGCCUGCUGGCCAAAAUGGAAAAAAACAACGACAGCGGUGCUCAAAGGGCACACGGGGGCUACAGGAGCAAAUAUCCCAUCUGCAUGCAGUGCUGCCGGUGCCUGGACAACAGCUGCCCACACCACAGCAGCUCCUCAGCCACCGCGGCCAUGGCCAUGCUGACUGCCCUGAUCUUCUCCCUGGAUGUGGUGGUGCAGGAGGAGAAGGUAAAGCUGAAGGUUGGGUUGCUCUUUAAUCUGUCCAUCAGUGGGAAGACACUGCACGCAUGGGGGAAAGAUGUGUGGCUGCCCAAAUGUUGUGGCAGUGAGGAAUACUGCGAGGAGUGCAGAGAGCCUCUGCCUAGAAGUCCCAAAAACUGGGGGAUGCAACAAGGGGAGUCCCUUCCCACCACAGCCCCUGUGUGGCCUCUGCCCCCGUGGGCACAGCCAAUCCCCCCAGAUGCCCUGGAAAGGUUGCAGAGAGUAGGGAUGGAGCCCAUGCCCCAGGUGGAGUACAAGAGCCUGGGGCACAGCAGCACACUGCAGUGUCUCCUCUCCUUCUGGUGGAAGAUGAAGAGCAAAGUGAAGAACCUGAAGAAAGUGGGGACAGCUGAGGGCAGCAGAGAGAUCAGCAUCUGAUGGCACUGUGGGAAGGGAGCAGCUGCUGCCUGCCCCUCUGCUGUUUGAUUUUGAUUUCUCAGCUGCAGUGUAGGGAGCACUAGCAAUAAAGGGG